AUGUUCCCCCCACCGUAUCCAAUUGCAAAUCAUGUAUCUACUGAGAAGCUGUCUGAACCACUCAAGGCUUUUGUGCAUCAGCUGUCUACUAUACAUAUUCCAACCAAGGUUUCUGAAGCAUUGAAAUAUCCUAAGUGGGUCCAAGCUAUAGAAGAGGAGAUGAAAGUUCUUGAGAAAAAUCAAACUUGGACAUUGGAGACUAUACCACGAGGAAAAAAGACUAUCAGAUGUAAAUGGGUGUUUACUAUAAAACACGAUACAGAUGGAUCUAUCGAGCGAUACAAGGCAAGACUUGUGGCAAAAGGGUACACACAGACCUAUGGUAUAGACUAUGAAGAAACCUUUGCUCCAGUUUCAAAGUUAAACACCGUCAGAGUCUUAUUGUCCCUUGCAGCCAAUUUGGAUUGGCCACUACACCAGUUUGAUGUAAAGAAUGCUUUUCUACAUGGCGAACUCACGGAGGAGGUGUACAUGGACAUUCCUCCUGGAUAUAAUACUACUCAGACUGGAACAGUUUCCAAGUUACGAAAAGCAUUGUAUGGAUUGAAACAGUCACCACGUGCAUGGUUUGGACCGUUCACCAUGGCAAUGAAGAACAAUGGUUUCAAACAGUGCAACCCAGAUCAUACUCUGUUCUUGAAACAUCGGAAAGGGAAGGUAACAACAUUAAUAAUCUAUGUUGAUGAUAUGAUUAUUACUGGGAAUGAUAAAUUGGAAAUAUCACAACUACAAGACUAUUUGGCUACUGAGUUUGAGAUGAAGGAUCUAGACACAGGAAUGCUAGAUUGCAAACCUACGAACACUCCUAUUGUUCAGAAUCAUCAUCUUGGAGAAUAUCCGGAUCAAGUUCCAACUAAUAAAGAAAGAUACCAAAGGUUAGUGGGAAGAUUGAUCUAUUUGUCACAUACUCGACCAGACAUUGCUUAUGCGGUGAGCGUUGUCAGUCAAUUUAUGUACUCUCCAAGUAAAGACCACAUGAAUGCAGUUCUUCGGAUACUUAGAUAUUUGAAGUAUGCACCUGGAAAAGGACUUAUGUUCUCAAAACAUGGUCAUCUAAAUAUUAAUGGUUAUUCAGAUGCAAAUUGGGUAGGUAAUGUAAUAGAUAGAAAAUCCACAUCGGGUUACUUCACAUUCGUGGGAUGUAAUUUGGUGACAUUGAGGAGCAAGCAACAUAAUGUAGUAGCUUGA